CAAGCAAGCUCAACGUAUCCGAUUGGAUUAUUCCGGAUGGAGUUUUGUUAGCAGAUCCAAACUUUUACAGGCCCCAGCGCAUCGAUCUCCUAAUUGGUGCACAACUGUUUUUCCACAUACUGAGGACUGGGCAAAUACAGCUCGGCGAUAAAUUACCGGUCCUUCAAGAGACGACACUUGGAUGGGUAGUUUCGGGUGCUGUUACCGGACGUUCACCAUACCGUCAAUACAAAGGCUGCCACAAAGCGCUUUCCGAUCCUGAUCAUCAACUCGAACAGUUAAUCCAACGUUUCUGGGAGUUGGAAGAAAUUCCACUAUCAACGAAGCUGUCGAGUGAAGAGGAGUUAUGUGAACAACAUUACCAACAAACAACGACCCGGGACAUCUCCGGCCGAUAUGUGGUCAGAUUACCCUUCCGUAACACACCUGACAAGCUUGGCGACUCACGCCAGCAGGCGCUCCAAAGGUUUGGACACCUUGAAAGACGCCUGGCAACCAAUUCGAAGCUGAAAGAACAAUAUGAUUUCUUUAUGGAGGAAUACAUACGGCUCAACCACUGUAAGGAAACGCCUGAGUCAGAGGUGAGUAGCAGCCCAAACUUCUAUUUACCUCACCACGCCAUUCUGAAACCUACUUCUUCUUCUACCAAACUACGAACGGUUUUCGACGCAUCGGCGAAAUCGUCUUCUGGCGUGUCGCUAAACGAUCUGCUUAUGAUCGGACCGGCUGUGCAAGAUUCGUUGCUGAACAUCGUGAUGCGGUUCCGGAUCCACCGAUACGUCUUCUCAAAGAAUCAUUUGGCGAAAGCAUCCUACGGAUUCACUGUGACAUAUGGUACAGCGUCAGCACCCUUUGCUGCCACACGCACUCUGAAUCAAUUAGCUGCUAACGAGGGAUUUCCACUGGCUGCUGCGAUUGUGGUCAAAGAUUUUUACGUGGAUGAUGUUUUGUCCGGAGGCGAUUCAGUGAACGAAAUUCAAACUGCUGCUGAGCAAUUGACACAACUAUUAGACAGCGGCGGCUUCCAGCUACACAAGUGGUGCUCUAAUUCAGCUGAGUUUUUGGAAUCAAUUCCCGACGAGCUACGAGAGAAGCAAUCAACUUUGGAAAUGAGUGGAGCAAAUGACGUUAUCAAAACACUAGGGCUGCUUUGGAAUCCGUCGUCGUACGAAUUAGCUUUCAGGAUAAACCCGAUUCAAGCGCAAACUGCGAUAACAAAGCGACAUAUUCUGUCAGAGAUGUCAAAAAUUUAUGAUCCUCUCGGGCUGCUUGCACCGGCCACGUUAGUUUCCAAACUUCUCAUGCGUGAACUGUGGAAAUUAAAAAUCGACUGGGAUGAAGAAGUACCAAUAGAACAACGAAACAAUUGGGUUAAUUUCAUCACGAGUCUUAUUGCAACUGCUGGAAUGACUAUCAAUCGUUACGUGCUGACGGACAACAGAAUCGCUAUCGAACUUCACGCUUACUCCGAUGCGUCCUUGGCAGCCUACGGUACGUGUGUGUAUAUACGUUCAAUUUGUUCAAACGGCAACGCAGAAGUGCAUUUACUGACGAGCAAAUCUAAGGUAGCUCCUAAUCAGACGAUUCCCCGCUUGGAGUUAUGCGCAUUCCUGCUGAUGUCUCGUUUAGUGAAGGUAGUCACAUCGGCACUUAAACUGGAUUUCAACAACAUCGUUCUGUGGACGGAUUCCCAAAUCGUCCUUUGUUGGCUAAAAAAAUCACCACACGAACUCAAUACUUUUGUUGCCAACCGCGUAGCUAAAAUACAACGAUCUACAAAGGGUUAUGAAUUCAAGUAUAUACGGUCAGCUUUGAAUCCUGCGGAUAUGGUGUCGAGAGGUGUCCUACCGGGAGAACUAAUGCACAAUGAUGUCUGGUGGCAUGAUCCAUCAUUUUCGCGUACCGCUACCUACAAAGAGUUUGUGUUUACUGAAGAAAUCUGA